AUGGCCGGGGCGGCAACGGGCCGGUCCUUGCGGGCGUUGCUGAGGGCCGCGCCGCGGGGCCGGGCAUGGCCGGCGUCCGGCCUCCCGCCUCCCGUCGGGGCCCGCCUCGCCCACCGCCCCGGGAGGCCCUCGGCCCUGAGCCGCCUCCUCGGAGCCGGGCCCCGCCGCCCUCCCGCCCCGCCCGCCGUCGGGCUCCGCCCAGAGGAGCAGGAGCUGCUGCUGGUCCAUCACCCUGACAUGCCAGAGAACCCCCGGAUCCUGCGGGUAGCUGUGCUGGGAGCCCCCAAUGCUGGCAAGUCGACAUUAGCCAAUCAGCUGCUGGGCCGGAAGGUUUUCCCUGUGUCCAAGAAGGUGCACACCACACGCUGCCAGGCCCUCGGGGUGAUCACAGAGGAUGAGACCCAGGUGAUACUCCUGGACACGCCCGGCUUCAUCAGUCCUGCUAAGCAGAAGAGGCACCAGCUGGAGCCAUCGCUGCUGAAUGACCCCUGGAGGAGCGUGGAGGGAGCGGACCUAGUCCUAGUCCUGGUGGACGUCUCUGACAAGUGGACCCGGACCCAGCUGAGCCCCCAGGUGCUCCGCUGCCUCACCCACUUCUCCCAGGUGCCCAGCGUCCUCGUCCUCAACAAGGUGGACCUGCUGAAGGAGAAGUCCAUCCUCUUGGACCUGACAGUCACCCUCACCGAGGGCCUGGUCAAGGGUAAGACGGUGGCCGGCAGGCGGGUCCGGGGGAGCCCCGAGCCGGAGCCCGAGGUCCCAGCGGGGCACUCCGCGAAGACUGGCUGGCCCCACUUCCAGGAGAUCUUCAUGUUGUCGGCGCUGAGCGGGGAUGAGGUGCCAACCCUGAAGGACUAUCUCCUGGGGCAAGCGCGGCCGGGGCCCUGGGAGUAUCACAGCAGCGUGCUCACCAGCCAGACCCCGCAGGACAUCUGUGCCAAUAUCAUCCGCGCCAAGCUGCUGGAGUACCUGCCCCAGGAAGUGCCCUAUGGCGUGCAGCAGAAGACAGAGCUGUGGGAAGAGGGACCAAGUGGAGAAUUGGUCAUCCUGCAGAAGCUGCUGGUGGCCAAAGAGUCUCAUGUGAAGAUCCUCAUUGGUCACAAGGGACAGCUGGUAGCCCAGAUGGCUCAGGAAGCCACCGAGGACCUCACGGACAUCUUCCUGUGUGAUGUGCAUCUCCGCCUCUCAGUCUCGCUCCUUAAGUGACCCGUCCCGGCUGGUCCCAUCUGCCCUAUCCCCCCAGCUCCCUCUGUUCUCCCACCGGCCACUGCUCAGAGACCUGAGGGGAACCUACCUACAGACCCAGACUCGGGGUCUGGCUGUCCAGCACUGAGGCUGGGUUCCCCGGGGCACUUCCCCCCCGGCCUGGGCGCCGUUGGUGUGACCAUGGCAAUCAGACUGGGGGGUCCUGUCGGCCCAGGCCCCGAUCCCUGAGAUGGGUCUGGACUGGGAGCUGGAACCCCGUCCCUGCUUGGAGAGAGCUGUCGUGGAUGGGAUGUCCCCGUGGGUUUGAGCCUUGGGGGAGGCAUCUGCCCUGAGGUUUGAGACCUGGGCGGGAGCAGCCUCAGCUUGGCCCUUGGCCCCCAGGAAGCGGGGAGAGUAUGGGGGUGGGAGGGGACAGCACCUUCCGACCCCUCAAGCUAUGUGCUUCUUAUCCCCACCCUCAGGAGGAGCCCAGCCCUCCCCAGAGGCCCCGCACUCAGCCAACUGGGGGAGAGGGCCAACUCCAGCCUGAAGGCUGGGAGAAGGCCCAGGGCCACCUCUCUUCUCUACCCUCCCUCUAGGGUAAUAAAGCGACAGGAAACAAACACA